GAUGGUUGAACAUAGAGCCGCGUAACUGCCGUCAAUGGGAAGCGAGCGAGUCGCUGGCACUGCGAGAUUCGCCCUAGAUCCUUGUCUGUGGCUGCACCAUGCUCUCCAGGUCCUUCCCCAACAUCUGGAUUACAUUUUGCCUCUAUUUCCCUUUCUUAUUACAAAGCGGAGACGCACAAAACGCGAAGGAAGUUAUUCUCUUGGACUCCAAGGCACAGCAGACAGAGCUGGAGUGGAUCUCCUAUCCUCCCAAUGGGUGGGAAGAGAUCAGUGGCCUGGAUGAGAACUACAUCCCCAUCCGCACGUACCAGGUUUGCCAAGUCAUGGAGCCCAAUCAAAACAACUGGCUACGGACUAACUGGAUAGAGAAGGGCGAUGCUCAGCGGAUUUUUGUGGAAUUGAAGUUCACUUUGAGGGAUUGUAACAGUCUCCCCGGCGUGGUGGGAACGUGCAAGGAGACGUUCAACUUGUACUACCAGGAAACAGAUUCAGAAAUGGGCAGGAGCCUGCGGGAGAACCAGUAUGUGAAAAUCGACACGAUCGCAGCGGACGAAAGCUUCACCCAGGGCGACCUGGGCGAGAGGAAGAUGAAGCUGAACACAGAGGUGCGGAUCAUCGGUCCACUGUCCAGGCGGGGCUUCUACCUGGCCUUUCAGGACGUAGGGGCCUGCAUCGCUCUGGUCUCGGUCAAAGUCUACUACAAGAAAUGCUGGUCUAUCAUCGAGAACCUGGCCACCUUUCCGGACACGGUGACCGGAUCGGAGUUCUCCUCGCUGGUGGAGGUGGAGGGCAUAUGUGUGAGUGACGCCGAGGAAGAGAUGGACAACUCGCCCAAGAUGCACUGCAGCGCUGAAGGGGAAUGGCUGGUGCCUAUUGGGAAAUGUAUAUGCAAAGCAGGAUUCCAUCAGAAAGGAGACACAUGCGAACCGUGCAGCCGUGGCUUCUACAAGUCCUCCUCCCAGGACCUCCAGUGUUCUCGCUGCCCGACCCACAGCUUCAACGACCGCGAGGGUUCUUGGCGCUGUGACUGCGAGGACGGCUACUACCGGGCAGCCUCCGAUUCCCCCUCUGUGGCCUGCACCAGACCUCCCUCAGCACCACAGAACCUGGUCUACAACAUCAACCAGACCACCGUCAGCCUGGAGUGGAGCCCGCCGGCUGACACCGGUGGACGCAACGACGUCACCUACAGGGUUAUAUGCCGACGCUGCAGCUGGGAGCCUGAGGAAUGUGUUCCUUGCGGGCCCAAUGUGGGAUACUCUCCCGCGGAGUCUGGAUUAGUCGACACAUAUGUCAGCAUCCUGGACCUUUUGGCGCACGCCAACUACACCAUCGAGGUGGAGGCGAUUAAUGGCGUGUCGGACCUGAGCAGAACGCAAAGGCUGUUUGCUGCUGUCAGCAUCGCCACAGGACAAGCAGCGCCAUCCCAGGUCAGCGAGGUCAUCAAGGAGAAGGUCCAGCAGCGCAGUGUCCAGCUCUCCUGGCAGGAGCCCCACCAGCCAAAUGGAGUCAUCACUGAAUAUGAAAUCAAAUACUAUGAAAAGGGUCAGAAGGACCGGACCUACUCCACCGUGAGGUCUAAAUCCACCUCAGCGACCGUCAACAAUCUGAAACCCAGCACAGCCUACGUCUUUCAGAUCCGAGCCUUCACUGAGGCUGGGUAUGGCACCUUCGGCCCGAGGGUGGAGAUCAUCACCAAGGAGGAGGCCACAGCUGCGAUCGUGUCCAGCGAGCAGAAUCCCGUCAUCAUCAUCGCGGUGGUGGCCGUCGCCGGGACCAUCAUACUGGUCUUCAUGGUGUUUGGCUUCAUCAUCGGGAGAAGGUACGCUCUCUCGGGCCCCAUUGACUCGCCGCUCCUACACUGCGGGUACAGCAAAGCAGAUCAGGAGGGAGACGAGGAGCUCUACUUCCAGUUUAAAUUUCCUGGCACCAAAACCUACAUCGAUCCUGAAACCUACGAGGACCCCAACAGAGCCGUCCAUCAGUUUGCCAAAGAGCUGGAUGCCUCCUGCAUUAAAAUCGAGCGUGUUAUCGGAGCCGGAGAGUUCGGGGAGGUGUGCAGCGGUCGCCUCAAGCUGCCCGGGAAGAGGGAGGUGUCCGUGGCUAUCAAGACGUUGAAAGUGGGCUAUACGGAGAAGCAGAGGCGGGACUUCCUGUGCGAGGCUAGCAUCAUGGGGCAGUUCGAUCACCCCAAUGUGGUGCAUUUGGAGGGCGUUGUGACCAGAGGAAAGCCAGUGAUGAUUGUUAUCGAGUACAUGGAGAACGGUUCCCUGGAUUCCUUCCUUAGGAAACACGACGGCCAGUUCACAGUCAUCCAGCUGGUCGGGAUGCUGCGGGGCAUCGCCGCCGGGAUGAGAUAUCUGUCGGAUAUGGGUUACGUUCAUCGAGAUCUGGCAGCGAGGAACAUUCUGGUGAACAGCAACCUCGUAUGUAAAGUGUCCGACUUCGGUCUGUCACGGGUGAUCGAUGACGACCCGGCGGCAGUCUACACCACCAGCGGGAAGAUGCUGGAUCUUAUGGUCUUUACUCCAGUCACUGACCUGCGUUUUACUGAACAGGGUGGGAAGAUACCGGUGCGAUGGACCGCACCGGAAGCCAUCCAAUACCGUAAAUUCACCUCAGCCAGCGACGUGUGGAGCUACGGCAUCGUCAUGUGGGAGGUCAUGUCGUACGGGGAGCGGCCAUAUUGGGACAUGUCCAAUCAAGAUGUCAUCAAGGCGAUAGAGGAAGGCUACCGUCUCCCGGCCCCCAUGGACUGUCCUCCUGGUCUGCAUCAGCUGAUGCUUGACUGCUGGCAAAAAGACCGAGCCGAGCGUCCCAAAUUCGAUCAGAUAGUCGGCAUCCUCGACAAGAUGAUCCGCAAUCCAAACACUCUGAAGACACCAGUCGGAACGUGUACAAGACCACUUAGUCCACUGUUAGACCAGAGCACACCCGACUUCAAUGCCUUCCACUCGGUGGGCGAGUGGCUGGAGGCCAUCAAGAUGGAGCGGUACCGGGACAACUUCAUAGCAGCUGGCUACAGUUCCCUGGACUCUGUGGCCAGGAUGUCAAUCGAGGAUGUGAUGAGACUGGGAAUUACACUGGUGGGCCAUCAGAAAAAGAUCAUGAGCAGCGUACAAACUAUGAGAGCCCAGAUGCUGCAGCUUCACGGUACGGGCGUUCAGGUCUGACGGACUCCUGAUGGACUGCCCAGGGGCCGACUAGACGAAGAGCAUGAUCAAAACUUUCCUGCCACAGCGUCUGAUGAGGAUGUCUGUCGUGUCUUGGCAAGAUUACUCUUCUGAUCCUCAGUGAAGGAUUAAGCGCCACCUCCUGGACCGGCUGCUAAUCAAGAGGAAAAGGGCAAAAAAAAAAAAAACAACAAAAA